AUGAACAAGCUAAGUUCAUAUUGCAUAUUCUUUGUGACCAUAUUUCCCAUUGUCAUGUUUAUCUCCUCCUCCUCAAUCAUGUUACUACUCUUCUUUCCCCUCACUUUCUUCAUUGUAUGUUCGUUUUUACGUCGCCAAUCGAAUCUCCCACCCGGUCCAUGUUCUAUCCCCAUCUUUGGCAAUUGGCUUCAGGUGGGUAAUGAUCUACACCACCGUACCCUAGCCGGCAUGGCGAAGGUGUAUGGCUCCAUUUUCCUACUAAAACUAGGUUCAAAGAACCUAGUGGUGGUAUCGGAUCCGGAGCUAGCUAACCAAGUCUUGCACGUCAAAGGAGUGGAGUUCGGUUCACGACCUCGAAACAUUGUCUUCGACAUCUUCACGGGAAAUGGUCAAGACAUGGUGUUUACAGUCUAUGGCGAGCACUGGCGAAAGAUGCGUCGAAUUAUGACGGUACCUUUUUUCACCAACAAAGUGGUGCAUCAUUAUAGCGACAUGUGGGAACAAGAAAUGGAUUUAGUAGUUUUCGAUUUGAGAAGGAAUGAAACAAAGGGGAUCGUGGUUAGGAGACGAUUGCAACUCAUGCUUUACAAUAUUAUGUAUAGAAUGAUGUUCGAUACCAAGUUCGAGUCGGUAGAUGAUCCUUUGUUCGUGGAGGCGACUCGGUUUAACUCGGAGAGGAGCAAGUUGGCGCAAAGCUUUGAGUAUAACUAUGGUGAUUUUAUACCUCUUCUUAGACCAUUCUUAAGAGGUUAUUUGAAUAAGUGUAGGGACUUGCAAAGCAAACGUCUUGCUUUCUUCAACAACUAUUUUGUUCAAAAAAGAAGGAUGAUCAUGAUUUCUAAUGGAGAAAAACACAAGAUCAAUUGUGCAAUCGACCACAUAAUAGAUGCCGAAAUGAAAGGAGAAAUCAAUGAACAAAACGUGCUUUAUAUAGUCGAGAACAUCAAUGUUGUGGCGAUAGAGACAACCCUAUGGUCCAUGGAGUGGGCUAUUGCUGAGUUGGUUAACCAUCCAACCGUUCAACAAAAGAUUCGAGAUGAAAUCUUUGUCGCGCUUAAUGGGGACCAAGUGACCGAGUCGAACCUAAACAAGUUACCAUACCUACAAGCCACUAUCAAAGAAACACUUAGGCUCCACACUCCAAUUCCCUUGUUGGUGCCCCACAUGAACCUUGAGGAGGCUAAUCUUGGUGGGUAUACAAUUCCUAAAGAGUCCAAAAUUGUGGUAAAUGCUUGGUGGAUGGCUAACAACCCUGUCUGGUGGAACAACCCGAGUGAAUUUCGACCCGAGCGUUUCCUCGAGGAGGAGAGUGGCACGGAGACGGUUGUUGGUGGGAAAGUGGACUUUCGGUUCAUGCCAUUUGGGGUUGGAAGGCGAAGUUGUCCCGGAAUCAUACUCGCUAUGCCGAUUCUUGGUCUUGUGAUCGCGAAGUUGGUGAGGAAUUUCGAAAUGGUACCACCUCCGGGAUUAGAGAAGAUUGACGUGAGUGAAAAAGGAGGGCAAUUCAGUUUGCACAUUGCUAACCAUUCCUUGAUCGUUUUUAAACCAAUUUGCUUAAAUUGUUAUCUUGUUCUUAUAUUUUGA